AAAACAAUACGGUUACGUAAUCUAAUUAUAAUUUCACAGCAAAUAUCAUUAAGAAUUAUCUGUUUCAUGAAUAUUCUGUUCAUCCAUUCGCAUUUAAACUUGAUUUACAACAGCAUUGUAUAGCAUUGCAGGUACAUCAAAAAGGGAAGUUCACUCGAUAAUGCAUCAUCGAUACGCCAGAAUAUUUCUUUCAAGAAUAUCGAUGGAAAUUCCCACGAUGUUUCCUCACAGGGGAAGGACAAUUACAAGAGGAAAUAACACGAAACCGUUGACGUUGUCUACAUCGUGCUGUAGACACACGUUAAUCGGGUAAAGUAAGAGGACCGUUGGUAAAUCGUGGGGUACGCGUGACCUCCAGGAAAUCCUUGUAUAGAGAAACGAGCAUCGCUGCAUUCAUCCAGUCUUUCUUAAAACACCGUUGAUUUUACACAGCCGCAUACGUAUUGAGACGAGCGGACGCGAAUAGAAGACCGACGUUAUCGUAAAACUAUUAGAUCUGUUAGAUCAUUAAACUUAUGCUUUGCUUUCUUUUUCUUUCUCCCUUUUUCUAUGCGAUAAACGACACAUAAUAUUAUGCCCGCAUAUUGUUGCAACGAAACGUUAAAAGGAAAAGAUUUGUUGACUGCUAUUCUCGGACAAUCGUAAAGACGAAUUGUCGGAUAAUCACAUUUGAUCGGCAGCUUGAAGGAAAUACUGUUUGACAUCGUGCCGAAGAUGACGCAUCUGAAACUGACAUUAUUUUUGAUAGAGCUUUUUUUACUGCUUCGCUGCUUUCUUUCAGAAACUAUCGUAACGUUGCGUAAUGACUUUGAAUUCGGAGACAUUGACCCGGAGAUAGCGGAUGAAUUAGACUGGACGAAACAUCCUUGUCGGCGAAAUUGCAAAGACGAAGCUCCACCGAUGGAAUGUCGUUACGUCUUUAGAUUGGAAGCUUAUUAUACAAUGAGCAAAGCGUGCUACGAUUGCCCAUUCAAUGUCACGGAUUGCUUUCGUGAACAUUGUAUUCCGGCAGACGGUAUUCAAAGAUCGAUUUUAGUAAUAAACCGACAAAUGCCUGGGCCACCUAUCGAGGUGUGCCAAGGUGACAGGAUAAUAGUCGAUGUAAUAAAUUUAUUGCAUUCCGAGAGUACGACAAUGCAUUGGCAUGGUCAACAUCAUGUUAAAACGCCGUACAUGGAUGGUGUACCCUACGUAUCUCAAUGUCCGAUUUUGCCAGGUUCGACUUUUCGUUAUGAUUACAUUGCCACAGAAGCAGGCACGCAUUUUUGGCAUUCUCAUUUAGGCUUCCAACGAGGUGACGGAGUAUACGGUGCAUUAAUCGUACGUACACCACCGAAGGUGAAUUGGCAUAAAACCUUGUACGAUAUCGACGAACAUACUAUCCUGAUCUCAGAUUGGACUCACGAAUUAGGAAUUGAUAAAUUUUUAAGUCAUCAUCAUGCAGGAGGAGAUAAUAAACCACCUAAUAUAUUGGUUAAUGGUUUGGGUCGUUUCGUAGUUAAUCGACACGGAAAGAAUAUAUCUGCUAUAAUGCCAAUUGCAACAUUUACCGUUAAACAGAAUGCUAGAUACAGAUUUAGGCUUAUCAACGCCGAAUUUCUUAAUUGCCCAAUCGAAUUAUCAAUCGACAAUCAUACUAUACGUGUAAUUAGUUCAGAUGGACGUGAUAUCGAACCCGUCGAAGCGGAAUCUUUGAUAAGCUAUGCGGGCGAAAGAUUCGACUUUGUCAUUGAAACUCAUCAAAACGUGGACAACUAUUGGAUACGACUUCGCGGGUUAAUGGAUUGUGACGAAAGAUUUACCAAAGCACAUCAGGUUGCUAUAUUACGAUACGAAGGUGCGGCCAAGAAAGAUCCAAAGGGUGUGGUUGCGUACGAACGCGAAUCCAACGAUUCUAUGGGUCAGCGAGUAAAUGCUUUAAACGAGGGUACAGAAACUAAUAAAAGUAUCAGUAUACCACUGUUAAAAGCUAUGGACAAAAAUGACAAAUCUAAUACUGCACCUCCUGAUUAUCAAUUUUAUGUGUCUUAUGACUUUUACAAGAAAGAUAAUCCUCAUUUUCAUAGGAGCAACCUUUAUGGAUUUAAUCAAGUGAAGGAUAUAAAGCGGGUGCUCACUCCUCAAUUAAAUCAUAUCUCAAUGAAAUUACCAUCCAUGCCUUUGUUAUCUCAAAGAGAUUUCAUUGAUUCAGAUCAAUUUUGUAAUGCGAGUACUGUUAAACAUUGUGUGCAAGAUUAUUGUGCUUGCACUCACGUGCUCCGAGUAGAUCUUGGUAGUGUGGUGGAAGUAAUUUUAGUGGAUGAAGGUUUUUCUUAUGACGCGAAUCAUCCAUUCCACCUUCAUGGCUAUCAAUUUCGUGUGAUUGCAAUGCAGAGAAUCGGCAAAAACGUCACCGUUGACGAAAUAAAAGCAUUGGAUAAAAAGGGAGCGAUACAACGAAAUCUUGAUCGUGCUCCAUUAAAAGACACUGUAACGGUGCCGGAUGGUGGUUAUACCAUUGUACGAUUUCAUGCGGACAAUCCAGGCUAUUGGUUGUUUCACUGUCACAUUGAGUUUCACGCGGAAGUCGGAAUGUCCUUGAUCUUCAAAGUUGGUGAACACAAAGAUAUGUUGCCAGUACCAAAUAAUUUUCCUUUGUGCGGUAAUUGGCAACCUGAAGAUAUACGAUCUAAAUCAAAUGCCGCCAACAUUUUAUUAAACACUGCGGAAAAUUCCGUAACAGAAAAUUCAAACACGACACUGGAUAAAAUGACUGAAAACAGUAUACAGCAAUACAUAAAGGUGUUACCGCAAAUUCUAAAAACGUUACAUAUCUCAUCUUCGGCUAACACCUCAGUUAUUCCAUAUUUCUUGAUUUCUUGUUCUUCUUUUAUCGCUAUAGUCUAUAAAAUUGUGUAAAAGCAGAGGUCGUUUGUAAAUAUAUAUACUGUAUUAAUCUUCCCAUUACAGUUAAAUAAGUGAUACACAAGUGAUAUGUAACAUUCUCUCAUGUGAGACGUUGACUUCACUUGGUUAUUUGAAAUCACCAAACAAUCGUGUUAACAAGUAAUAUUUGAUAUGCAAGAUAUAUGUUUUAACAGAAAACGGUAGAAUAUCGUAUAACAAACUGAAGACAUUAAAGGACUGUCCUUACAAGAAUAAUCUGGUAUCGAGAUAAUAUAUUACAAAGUACAUACAUUAAAAUGCAUUAUCUGAUAUAGAUAACUAUUCCCUAUGAAUCGUAUGUAUCCCUUUUUAAAGAUAUUUCACGUUCAUUGUCGAUAAUUGCAUAUCGUCUCAUUCGUUUCAGUAAAUAUUGUUACAUACAUAAAUAUAGCGUUUCGUUUAAAAGAAUUACUUCACUUACAGAAAAGCUAUUUAUUUAUAUGACAUAUAAACAAUCCUCUUUCAAAUCAAAUCAAAGAUUUGUAACAACAUUCAUAUAUAUAUAUAUCUUCAGUUCUUUAUAUGAUAUCACACUGGUUCCAAUUAAAAAGGACAACCUGUAUUAUUAAAUGCAACCUGCGAUAUUAAAUGAAGUUGAAUACGUUAUACGUAUUUUAUUACUUAGUACUGUAACAAAAAGGAGAUGUUAAACAGGAGAAACGUCCAUUUGUGUUCUAAUCUACUUUCAAUUGUAAGUAGUUUUAUUUAUUGAGUAUUUCUACGCUGUGAUAUAAAUAUUAUAAGCAUAUCUAUUAAAGAUUAAAUACUGUUAAUUCCAGAGAAACAUUAUUUGUAGUAAGUAUGUAGUUAACUUACUUCUUGUUUUUACAUUUAAUAAUACGUGCGAGCGAAUGGUUGAUGAAUAUUCUCAUGUUAUGUUACAUUGUUUUGUAAAUGAUUAUAAAGUUUGAUAUAAAAUUUAUGAUAAAUCAAAGAA